UUCUGCUUCGUUCAUCUAUGCCAUGAAGAAGGCCUACCGACCCAUUCACCAUACGGGUUUCCCGCGAAACCCGGAAUUCCAUCGAAAUUCUCACCCUCCCUCCAAUUUUCGUCCCCGCUGGAAACCAGAAUUUCGCCCCAAUCAACGCCUGGACCGUCCACUGGAAACCUUUUCUCAUGCCCGUCGACCUAAUUUCGUCGUUCUGCUCCGCUCUGGCCGCCGCGAUUUCACCAGGGCGGAUGUCGAGGUCUUGAUCACAAAAUGCAAGUCCAAGCCCGAGAAUUUUAGUGUUUUCCCCGGUGAUCAUGUUGCCGCCCGCCUAAACUUUUUUCAGUGGUGCGACGCGCUUGAGGCCUUUGUUUUCUUUUGGGAGUUUUGCCUCAAUGAAGUUCAUGAAUUUAUUCCGGAGCUCAAAUCGCAUGUUCUCGUACCUUCUGACAUGGACGAGCUACGUGACCGACUUCGGUCCCUUUUCGCUGGUCAUGUCAAGGGCUUAAUGGAAGGCAAGGAAGUCAAAAGAUGGCGUGAGGAAAGUGAGCGUGCCUCGAAGGAACUUGCGCGUUUAAUGUAUUUACUCCAAAAGCCGAAUUCAAUCGGCUCGUGGGAGGAGCUCCAAGAAAAGACAAAAGGGAUACAUUCAGAGAAAAAAUUGAUUGAAAGGAGAAUAAAGGAGUUUCAGUCUGCCAUGGAGUGUAUAUUGCGGUAUCUCGAGAACAGCGAGGAGGAUGAGGGUGGUAUCUCUGUUUUCCGAAAAUUGAAGUUUGAUGAAACUUCGGAUUGGAAGCGUAUACAUAGGAUGAUAAUGCGGGAGCGUCGCAGACUUGAGGAGGGAUUACCCAUUUAUGCUUACCGGAUGGAUAUUCUUGAGGAAAUACAUUCUCAACAGAUAAUGGUCUUAGUUGGGGAGACUGGCUCUGGUAAGAGUACGCAGUUGGUACAGUUUCUUGUUGAUUCAGGCAUAGGUGCUAAUGAAUCCAUUGUAUGCACUCAGCCUCGAAAAAUUGCUGCCAGGUCAUUGGCACUGAGGGUACGGGAAGAAAGUAGUGGAUGCUAUGGAGACAAUUCAAUCAAGUUUUAUCCGACAUUUUCAUCCUCAAAUGAGUUCAAUUCUGGAAUAAUAUUCAUGACAGACAACUGUCUAUUGCAGCAGUACAUGAGUGAUGAUAAUUUGUCUGGGAUCUCAUGCCUCAUAAUCGAUGAGGCUCAUGAAAGGAGCCUAAAUACAGAUCUACUGCUGGCAUUGGUAAAGAGUUUGCUCUGUAGGAGGGUUGAAAUGCGGCUCAUCAUUAUGUCUGCUACAGCUGAUGCAAAGCAGCUAUCUGAUUACUUUUAUGGUUGCGGAAUAUUUCAUGUGGUAGGGAGAAACUUUCCAGUCGAUGUGAGAUAUGUUCCUUCUGCUUAUGAGGGACACCUUGGUCCUACCAUUGUUGCCUCAUAUGUUUCUGAUGUAGUGAGAAUGGCUACUGAAAUUCACAGAACAGAGAAAGAGGGAACAGUUCUUGCCUUUUUGACCUCACAGAUGGAGGUAGAAUGGGCUUGUGAAAAGUUUGAAGCUCUCUCUGCUGUAGCAUUGCCCUUACAUGGCAAGCUUUCACCUGAAGAGCAGUUAUGUGUUUUCCAGAACGUCCCUGGAAAAAGAAAGGUGAUAUUUGCAACUAAUCUUGCGGAGACAUCGCUCACAAUUCCUGGUGUGAGGUAUGUCAUAGAUCCUGGGUUGGUUAAAGAUAGUCGAUAUGAGCCUGGCAGUGGAAUGAGUGUCCUUAAAGUUUGCCGGAUCAGCCAAAGCUCUGCUAAUCAACGGGCUGGUCGUGCUGGGAGGACUGAGCCUGGUAGAUGUUAUAGGCUCUACUCAGAACUUGAUUAUGAUUCUAUGGCACCAAAUCAAGAACCUGAGAUUCGACGAGUUCAUCUUGGUGUAGCAGUGUUGAGAAUUCUUGCCUUGGGAGUGAAGAAUGUGCAGGAUUUUGAUUUUGUUGAUGCUCCAAGUCCUAGCUCUAUUGAGAUGGCAAUUAGGAAUCUAAUUCAAUUAGGAGCAAUUAGAUUGAACAAUAAUAAUUAUGAAUUAACUGAAGAAGGCAACUUGGUAAAAAUGGGUGUUGAGCCUCGGCUUGGUAAACUUAUUCUUGGCUGUUACCAGUAUGGUUUGGUCAAAGAAGGUCUUACCCUUGCAGCCGUGAUGGCCAAUGCCAGUAGCAUUUUUUGCAGAGUAGGUAAUGAAGAUGAUAAACACAGAUCUGAUUGUCGCAAGGUGCAAUUUUGCCAUUGUGAUGGUGACCUCUUUACUCUUCUAUCUGUAUAUAAGGAAUGGGAAGCUUUGCCCCGAGAGAGGAGAAACAAAUGGUGUUGGGAAAACAGUAUUAAUGCCAAGUCCAUGAGGAGAUGUCAAGACACCAUUAAGGAUUUGGAAUCUUGCCUUGAGUAUGAACUUGAUGUUGUUGCUCCAAGCUACUGGCGAUGGGAUCCUUACAACUCUUCUGAUUGUGAUCGGUAUCUGAAAAGGGUUAUACUGUCCUCACUUUCUGAGAAUGUUGCCAUGUACUCUGGAUGCCAUCAACUUGGUUAUGAAGUGGCAUUGACUGGGCAGCUUGUUCAACUGCAUCCAUCUUGUUCGUUGCUAGUAUUCACUGAGAAACCUAGCUGGGUAGUUUUUGGUGAGAUACUCUCUGCUUCAAAUCAAUAUUUGGUCUGUGUGAGUUCUUUUGACUUUGAAUCAUUGUGCAGCAUUGGCCCUCCCCUUUUGUUUGAUGUAUUUCGGAUGGAAAGAAAGAAGUUGCAAAUGAAGAUGUGGACUGGUCUUGGCUGUAUUCUGCUUAAGAGAUUUUGUGGAAAGGGAAACUGUAAUCUGCUUGGUCUUGUGUCACGCAUAAGGACAGCUUGCAUGGAUGAACGUAUCUUCAUUGAUGUUAACGUUGACCAGAAUGAAGUUCAUCUUUAUGCCUCCCCAUCUGACAUGGAAUUGGCUAUUGCGAUGGUUAAUGAAGCUCUGGAAUAUGAGAGAAAAUGGCUGCGUACUGAAUGCUUGGAGAAAUGUUUGUAUCAUGGGUCUGGAGUCUCAUCUCCAGUAGCUCUGUUUGGAUCUGGUGCCGAGAUAAAGCAUUUGGAAGUUGAAAACCAGUGCUUGAGUGUUGAUGUAUGCCAUCCAAAUAUAAGUGCAUUUAAUGAUAAGGAUCUUUUGAUGUUCCUUGAAAAGAAUUCCUCAGGUUGUAUCUGUGCUGUGCACAAGUUUACAAAUGUAGUACAGGAAGUUGAAGAUAGAGAGAAGUGGGGCAGGAUAUCGUUUCUCUCCCCUGAUGCGGCUAAAAGAGCUACUGAGCUAGAUGGAGUGGAUUUUCAUGGUUCAUCCCUGAGAAUAUUUCAUUCACAGGCUACUAACGGAGGGGAUAAAACAUUUCCAUUCCCUGCUGUUAAAGCCAAAUUGUGUUGGCCUCGUAGACCUAGCAAGGGUUUUGGUAUUCUUAAAUGUGAAAUAAAGGAUGUUAAUUUAAUUUUAAAAGAUUUCUAUAACCUUGUAAUAGGAGGGAGGUAUGUUCGUUGUGAAGCUGGCAGAAGGGGCUUGGAUAGUAUUGUGAUUGGCGGACUUCAUAAAGAACUCUCAGAAGCUGAAAUUUUAGAUGUACUAAGAACUGCUACAAGUAGGAGGAUUCUGGAUUUUUUCUUGGUGAGAGGAGAUGCUGGUGAGAAUCCCUCAUGGAAUGCUUGUGAGGAGGCGCUUGUAAAAGAAAUUUCUCCUUUUAUGCCUAAAAGGCACCCCCACACGACUUCUUGCUGUGUUCAGGUGUAUCCACCUGAGCCAAAGGAUGCCUUCACGAGAGCUUUGGUCACUUUUGAUGGAAGAUUACAUUUGGAGGCAGCAAAGGCUUUGGAGCAAAUUGAAGGGAAGGUAUUGCCUGGAUGUCUUCCUUGGCAGAAGAUAAAGUGCCAGCAGUUGUUUCAUAGCUCCUUGACAUUCCCCGUUCCUGUUUAUCGUGUGAUUAAGGAACCACUGGAUAAGUUACUUGCUAGCUUCGCCUGUAUAAAGGGUCUUGAGUGGAACCUAGACAUGACUGCUAAUGGUUCCUACCGCAUCAAAAUAACAGCUAAUGCCACAAAGACAGUGGCAGAGGUGAGGAGACAUCUUGAAGAACUCACAAGGGGGAAAACAAUUGUCCACAAGAGUCUUUCCCUUCCGGUUCUACAACUGCUAUUGUCCAGAGAUGGCAUUAAUUUUAAAAGCUCAGUACAGCAAGAGACAGAAACAUACAUUCUUUUUGACCGGCACAACCUGACUUUGCGGGUGUUUGGUUCCCCAAAGAAGGUUGAACUGGCCCAGCAGAAGCUAAUUCAAUCCUUACUCGCUCUCCACGAAAGGAAGCAGUUAAAAGUCCACCUCCGAGGGAGAGGUCUACCUCCUGAUUUGAUGAAGCAAGUGGUUAAGAACUUUGGGCCAGAUCUCCAUGGGCUGAAAGAGAAGAUACCAGAGGCAGACUUUUCUCUCAACACACGUCGCCAGAUAAUCUAUCUUCGUGGUAAAAUGGAGUUGAAACCAAAAGUAGAGGAAUUAAUACAUGAGAUUGCCAGUUCAAGUAGUCAUUUGGCUGAGAGACCUGGGACUGGAUUGGACUGCCCAAUUUGCUUGUGUGAGGUGGAGGAUGGUUGUCAGCUUGAAAACUGUGCUCAUUUGUUCUGUCGGAUGUGUCUGGUGGAGCAAUGUGAAUCAGCUAUAAGAAACCGGGGUAAUUUCCCGAUACGCUGCAGUCAUGCGGGCUGUGGGGAUCCCAUUCUGCUUGUGGAUUUGAAAGCUCUUUUAUCUAACGAUAAGUUAGAGGAACUUUUUAGAGCCUCUUUGGGAGCUUUUGUAGCUGCUAGUGAGGGCGCAUACAGGUUUUGUCCAUCUCCUGAUUGUCCCUCCAUUUAUCGAGUAGCUAGUCCUGAGGCAGCAGGCGAGCCAUUUGUUUGUGGAGCAUGUUAUGCCGAGACAUGUACGAGGUGUCACUUGGAGUAUCAUCCAUACAUUUCAUGUGAGAGGUACAAGGAGUUCAAGGAGGAUCCAGACUCAUCUCUCAAGGAGUGGUGCAAGGGGAAAGAACAUGUCAAGACCUGCCCUGCGUGUGGCUAUACAAUCGAGAAGGUAGAUGGGUGCAACCACAUUGAGUGCAAGUGUGGGAAGCAUGUCUGCUGGUUUUGCCUGGAUUUCUUUGGAACCAGUGAUGAUUGUUAUGACCAUUUGAGAACUGUACACAUGGCCAUCAUAUAAAUUGGCCUUUGCUUUCUCAAUCUCCUUACAAAGCUGAUUUAGUCAUGUACAUAAUACGUAGGCUGAGGUAAAGUGUAUAGCUUUAAGCUCCUGUAUAGUGUAUAUGGGUUUUAACUCUUGUGUACAGCUUGUUUCAACGCUUACUCGCAUCCUCACGUUUGAAGAAUGCUUUUCCCUUUUACUUUCCUACAACUUUGCAUAUAUGUAUGUUGCUUUGUGGUAAA